CACGGCACGGCGAGAACUGGAUUUUGACCUCAUACAGCGCGGUCGCCAAACUCGUAUUCCAAGUUCAGGAGUAGAGCGUGCGACGGAGCUUUAUCGACUGGCACCUGACCUGUAUGUCUCUGGCCCAACAACGAAUGGGAACGGUCGGGCCCUUGUCUGAAUCGCGCCAUCAUCUCGACCUCUGCAGACCUCUCGGGAUAUCUGGACUUCUUACAGCGGGUUGCUGGGGCACAACAACAUAGAGUGGGUGCUACUU